GCACGUGGCCAGCACAGUCAACAGAAGCCAGCUCUCUCCCAUGGACUUUGAGUAAGAAGUGGUCUUCUUUUUUUUCGUGGGGGGCGGAGGGAGGAAGAAAAAGAAAGAAAACGUGUGACCGCUACUCUGACUGGUGGUUUGCUUUGUGUGUCAGGGUCUUCAGAAUUCAGUGGAGAGCCGAGGAAACAGGACUCGAGAGAGAGGGUGGCGGUGCGAGACAUGGACGCUGCAGGGUAUGUGGGAAGAGCUGUCACAGCAAGAGAGGAGGUAAGGAUAGUGAAACCUAGGGUGGGGCAGGUAUGUCGGGGGGAGGAGAUCCUGAGGAGGAGGGGGGGGGGGGUUGGGGGGGGGGGGGGAAAUAAGAAAGCCAGCUCAUGCUUGGGAGCAGCAAUGUAUUCUGGAGAAAGUAUGGCGGCGACAGCUCAAGGAUCGGCAGCCGACAAGCCGAUGAAUAUGAGGAGGGUGUCCAUGAUGGGAGGGGAAUUGCUGCAAAGUGACAUCCACCAUGGCCACCAGCUGUUCGGGAUGAAUGGAGAGACCUAUACCCCGAGGAUGGCAAAGGCUCGGCGAGCAUCGUCGCUAAGGAACUCGAGAGGGUGGAUGGUGGACUCUGUGGGAAGAUUGGUGCCUGUGAGGGGUCGGUGUGCAGAAGACUUAGCCGCAGAGGGACAGCCGUCAGAGUCCUCGCGACCGAUCAUGGGCACACAGUCUCAGAGAAGGAAAUGCACACCGGAUAGGAAACCCAGUUAUGACGACGAUCAAGAUAAUCAUCAGCAUCGUCAUCGGAUCCAGUCGAGGAUGCUGGAGAAGCUGGCGAAGCUCGCGGUUGUGGGUACGAUUGGAGAAGAGCAAACAGGAGGCGCAAAGGUUAAGAUCAAUAAAGUACCACCUCCGCGAGGAGGAGGAGGGGGAGGAGGAGGAGGAGGAGGAGGAGGAGGAGGAGGAGGAGUGGAGGGAAGAGGUCAGUUUCAAGAUACUUUAACAAAGGAAAGCAGCUGCAAUGGAGGAUCGGCGAAGAAGGGGUCUUCAAGGACAGUUGCCUGCUCCCAGCAGUCGACAGCCCACCAGGGAUGUAGCAGAGUGUCGUCUGAGGGGCGAAACCCGAAGGAUGGAGGAGAGAGAGAAAGAGAGGCAAGGAGGAGGGUUGACAAGGGGAGAGGCCUUCGAGGAGGGAUGGAAUUGGGAGGAGGAGGCGGUAGCAGAGAUUCAAGAACGGAGGCAGUCAGUCGGAUCCAAGAGGCAAAUGGGAAGGACAAGGAUGAGCAACAGCCGCCGCAGCAGCAGCAGCAGCAGAAAAGGAAGGAGGAAACCCCAGCGAAGGGUGCUGCUGGAUUGGGUGGAGAUGAAAAAGUGUGUGGUGUGGAGGAGGAAGUGGUUGUUCAUAGGAUCGAGGACAGGACUUCCUCGAGCACAGACAGCACGGAGCUGAGGGGGCGGCUCGAACAGUCAUCAUCGGUGAUCACUGUACUUUCUCGGCAGCUGCAGCAGGCGCUGGAGAAGCAGAUGGUGGCGGAGGCAAAGAUGGCUAUGGAGGACUCGUGCCGGGAGAAGCUGCAGAGGAAUGUCGAAGAGUUGAAGAAUGCUGUUGAGAAUCUUAGGCAAGGAAUGAAGGUCAUGGAGGCGCAGAUGGAGCUUGUGAAACAGGAACGAGAUAUGGCGAAAACCCAAGCGGAAGAGGCGGGGAAGAAGCUUGGCAGGAUGGAUGCCUUGGAGGCGGAGCUCCAAGUCGUUGCUGCCAAGGUCAGCCAUGAGCUCGGCGAAGCCUCUGUCGAUCUGGACACCAUAGCUAAUGUAGUUGACAAGCAGGAGAAAGAACUCAAGACUAGUCGAGUGAACCUGGAGCUUUACGAGGAACAGAUAUGGAGGCUGCGAAAGGCAUGGCUAGAGCUCAAGCAUGAGAUGGAGCCCUCGCGACUUCCUGCUAUUCAAAGCCCGGCAAGCAGCGAGCACCUGGACGAGAUUGAGGAGGACGAGGCAGGCACGGUUAAGGAGACCCUGCCGAGAAACGCAAAGUCAAAGUUCAUGACGGCCAGAAGAAGAGAGGGAACCGAGUCCAAAGAGUCAGAAGGGUCCAAAGAGUCCCUCAACACUGAUCCUUCUCGUCCUCCUCCUCCUGUUGAGAAUGAAUCCGACAUUGCUGCGGAGAACGAGGCAUCAGUAUCUCCUACGGAAGGUUGCGGAGCAGGGAUGCGACCCAGAAGAGCAGGGACAUCAUCGACGCUGGGGAAAGCUCCGACGUUUAUGGGAAAGUUAGUGAGGACCAUCUUGCUCCGGCGGCAAGGACGAAGAGGACACCCAGUGUCAUCAUGCAUGGAGAGACUCUCACCGAUUCCAAGGCUACCGUGUAGCAACAAGAGGGCGGCUCCUAGGACCAUAUCAGAAUCCAGCACCGGACAGAACAGAGACCUGUACCCGGUCAAGUCGGAUGCAGCUUCCAGUGAAGCAUCCACAGCUGCGAAGACUCUGCAGGGUUCGUCGUCACCAUCCGUCCAGAUGCUGACCAAAGGCAAGGAAGGUAGUGGUGUGGACUCAGGUAGGAGCAAGCAGAAAGAUCCAAGCAGCGUUACGGUAGAAGACGACAGUGGAAGACAGGGAAGUAAGGGGGGUGUCACUGCAGGAGAGGUACAGUCUGCAUCGCGAUUAACUGGCCCCAACCACAGGCGCAAUGCCAGCGAGGCUCCUGCCUCAAUGCAGGUCACGUCCGAGGACUCGGCUGGGCCAUCAAGCAGUGGCUGGAUGGCUCGCUGUGCUGCGACGGAGAUUUCGCCAGCUGACCGUGGCAGCCCUCGAGGUUGAUUCGUAUGCAUAUGAGUAUCUGAUCUC